GUGGGCAUACACGAUCCUUCCUAUCGUCCAAUCGGCAUGACACUGCAGGCUUGAUCCAAUCUGCAGUUCGUCCACAUACACCAUACACCAUCAGUUUUAACUGAUCGGCAGCGACGUUCAGUUGCAGUCAUGGCGUCACUGAUGACAGACGACGAUGCUAUAGCCGUUUUGGGCAUUGUACUCGUGAAAAUGAAGCAAAAAAAACGAAAAAAUCGAGCAGAGUGGUGCAAGCAGUGGUUAAAGAAAAGAAAACAGUUUGCUCAUACAAAUUUAAUAGAAGAAUUGAGGAUUAAGCCAAAAGAUUAUAGUAAUUAUUUACGAAUGAAUGAAGAAACUUACGUGAAACUCCUAACGUUAGUUACUCCAUUAAUUGAGAAGCAAGAAACUGUUAUGAGGAACGCUAUCUCGGCGCACGAGAGGUUAACAGCGACUUUACGAUUUCUAGCAACAGGGAGAUCGUAUGAGUGCCUCAAAUUUUCGACUAUAAUAUCACCUCAAGCUUUAGGGCGAAUUAUACCAGAAACCUGUGCUGCUAUUUACGAAGUUCUCAAAAAGGAUUUUAUACCGUUUCCCGAUACUUCCGCUAAAUGGAAACAAAUCGCGGAACACUUUGAAGAAAGGUGGAAUUUUCCACAUUGCUUGGGAGCAAUAGAUGGGAAACACAUCGAUAUAAUCCCACCUGCUGACAGUGGUUCUUAUUACUACAACUACAAAGGACGACACAGCAUGGUUCUCAUGGCAAUUGUUGAUGCAACAUACCGGUUUAUACUUGCAGAUUUUGGAACAAAUGGGAGAGUUUCCGAUGGAGGAGUAUUGCAAAACACCAAGUUUUUCAAGAAGUUGCAAAAUAAAAAGUUAAAUAUCCUAAAUCCUGAAAACAUCGAAAGUAGCUCAAGAUGUUUACCGUACGUGUUUGUUACUGACGAUGCGUUUCCGCUGAGAGCCGACAUGUUGAAGCCAUAUCGCCAAGCUGAUUUGAACAAUUACGAGAAGAAAAUUUUCAACUAUAGGCUGUCCCACGCAAGACGUAUUGUAGAAAACGCAUUUGGCAUAUUGUCUUCACGAUUUCGCAUUUACCAUACUAAAAUUAACAUAGAACCAGAUAAGAUACAAAAUGUAGUGAUGGCUACGAUAGCUUUGCACAACUUCUUAAUGGAAAAUGUGCCAUAUUUAUAUGCACCCACAAGAUGCUUUUACCAUGAAAAUAUCAAUAAUGGGACUGUAGUCAACGGAGGGUAUGAUACAUCAAGGUCAACUAUGGAAGAUUUACAAAGACGAAAUCAGGGAAAUGUAUUGAAUAAUGCUAAAAUUAUCAGACAAGGAUACCAAAAUUACUUUGUCAAUGAAGGCAAAGUACCGUGGCAGGAUAAUUUUAUAUAAAACACAAUGUAAUUUAUGUGUUUUUAUUAUUAAAGCAAUUAGUAUUACAAUAACUUGGUGUUACAUUCAUUAUUUAAUUACUAUUCUGACAUAAAAUUACCAACAAAAGAUGCCGCAGAAUCUCCAGAUAUUGAUGGUAAAUCUUCAGGGCCCGGGGCUUCGUGGCGUUGCGAGAAAUGCAGGUCAUCCUGCACGUUUUGUAAAGACGAAUGACUGUGAGAAGUGAUUGGAUAUGAUGGCGAGACUGUUUGUUGGUUGUGCUGCAUGUUUUGAGAUGGGCUUGCUGAAUGCGAUGAAUGACUGGGAGAAGUGAAUGGGUAUGAUGGCGAGACUGUUUGUUGGUGGUGCUGCAUGUUUGGAGAUGGGCUUGCUGAAUGCGACGAAUGACUGGGAGAAGUAAAUGGGUAUGAUGACGAGACUGUUUGUUGGUGGUGCUGCAUGUUUGGAGAUGGGCUUGCUGAAUGCGACGAAUGACUGGGAGAAGUGAAUGGGUAUGAUGGCGAGACUGUUUGUUGGUGGUGCUGCAUGUUUGGAGAUGAACUUGCUGAAUGCGACGAAUGACUGGGAGAAGUUAUUUGAUAUGACGGGGAAAAAUUAUUUGAUGGAGAGGUUGCAUAUCGCCGAUGACGUGGCCCAGUAUUUAUGACUUUAUAAUCCAGUGUCAGAUUACCCCAUUCAGCUUCAAAUAACACAUCAUUCAUUAAUUUUUCGGCAAGCAUUCUUUGCUGUCUUGGCAAGUCCCGCAAUUUGCUCGCAAUAGACUUGCAAUAAAUAUCAUGGCGAUCUUCCUUUCUAACUUCAUCCCUGGGACGCUUGAAAUGGUCAUUAACAGAUUGAAGAACACUGUUGACGAGAUUAUCUUCAUUUUUUCUUUUUGGUUUCGGCCUCCUUGCUGAGUUGCCUGCUACAGAUCCAUCAUUAUCAGACUCUUCAUUUGGUUGGAUUAAUAUUUCAUUUGGUUGCGAGUUAUUGUCAAUAUCCUGAAACAUAACAAUUUGGUUCAUUGAUGGUAUCAUGGUCAUUUAUGAUUGAUGCUGGUGAUAUUUGCGCGUUUGAUAGGCCUAAUAGGUAAAGACUCCUCUGCUCAGGCCCAACCGAUUAAGUAAAUAUUUGAUAUUUUAAUUUUGCGUACUUACCAAGUGCUGUUGCUCUAUCUGCUGCUCUUCAUCCGCGCUUUCUUCGUUUUCAUCCACAUUUGAAACCGAAGUUCUUUGUUCGUGUUUUGUUCGUGUCACCCAAAUGCCAUAUGUCAUUCAAUAGACAGAGACAAAACAUGGAGUAACUAAUCCAUGCGUAGUCUUCGUUUAUUAAUAAGGGGGAUUGAGUUUUGAGUUUUAUCAUAACUUUUAAUAUGACAUUGCAAUAAAGAAAAAGGUAUUAAAAUGAAGACAGUUUCAGUGAUGUUUUGGAAUAGGCAAUAGUUAUUUGAAUAAGCCUCAUUAUAUUUUUCUAUAAACUCUAUUACCUUUAAGUUGUCCCUCAUAGUAAAUAUAUGUUAAAUACAAUUUAUUUUCUAGCAAGAAAUUAAUGAUAUCAAAGUGCGAAAAACUUGUGGGAAUUUUGAAUAUUUUGAAACGCUUUAAGAGCGGUUGUGACAUAAAAAUAUAACGAACGUGAUGUUCGCAGAUGACGCGUUCCACCUAGACACCGAAUGCAACUUUCCAUUGUGACAUUUAAAUGUUUACCAAAAAUGUGUUUCGAAAAUGGCGCGCGUUUAAACUGCCCGUGCAAAGUGGCUAUUUUCAAUAAUUUUUAGGUUUCCGUACCUCAAAAGAAAAAUAAGACUUAAGUGUUUUCCUUUGGAGCUGUGAAAAAUUCAAACUUCUAAGCCGAAGCAAUCAAAAGAUACAGCCGUUUAUGCCGCAAAUUUUCGAAACUCGCACGGGAACCAAAACUUACAGGGUACUUCCCGUCGACUUAGAAUCUUGAAAUUUAGUACGAAGUAACGUCUUAUAAUACAAAUAAAGGAAAAAUUGCGAAAACCGUAAUUUUUUAGUUACAUCAUAUAAUUUUUUAUUAAAUUAUUAAAAUAUAUCUACAGGUUUGCACGGAACCCUCGGUGCGCGAGUCCGACUUGACUGUUUUUUUUAGACACUAUACUAUUUCUUCCAAGUAGUUUUUUUUUAUAACAUAUAAAAGAGAUGUAAACUACUAGAGAAAAAUAUGACAUAUAAUCAUGCAUAUUCUUUAUUACAGGAGCUUCCCAGUUUAGCAUAACAUUGCACUUUUAUAUCAUAUCACUUUGAUUUUUCAAAAUAACACACGGCUAGUUUUUAUAAAAGAGAUAAUAUAAGCGCAGUAAGUAUAGUUUCGCUAAAAAGUUGUUCAAUUUGUUAUAGGCGCAUCGCCAGUGGUGGGAGAUGAAGUCAUCUCACUUUGAUUGUGUGCUUUUUUUCAAAGUCGGCAAGUUCUAUGAGUUGUUUCACAUGGAUGCCGCUGUUGGAGUCAACGAACUUGGCUUUUCUUAUAUGAAGGGUGAAUUCGCACAUUCCGGUUUUCCCGAGAGCGCGUACUCAAGAAUGGCUUCCACACUAGUUUCCAAAGGAUAUAAGGUGGCACGCGUGGAACAGACAGAGACGCCAGAUAUGAUGCAAGAGAGAUGCAAGAGAACGGGUCAGAACACAAAAUGGGAUAAAGUGGUGAGACGCGAGAUCUGCCAAGUUACGCUGCGAGGGGCUCAAAUAUGCGGCCUUCAAGACUCCGGGCCCGCGGAAGCUAACGCUUCAUACAUGAUGGCCAUCGCUGAGGAGGAAGGUAACAAUACAAGCAGUUUCGGGGUAUGUUUCUUGGACACAUCAAUAGGCAUAUUCCACCUCGGCCAGUUUCAAGAUGACAAGCAUUCGUCGAGGUUGCUCACUACGUUGGCGCACUACCCGCCUGCUUUGAUAAUAUUCGACCGUAAAACAACAACUGCUAAAGUGAGCAAAUUGUUGAGCACACAUUGCCACAGCGCUCGUCGCGAGGCACAGAAUCUGUGGCCUCCGGAGAAAACAUUAAAGAUUCUAGCCGAGAAAUAUUACAAGACUAACGCGGAUGGCGAUUGGCCAGAGGGGAUAAGACCUUACCUACAUGAUGGUGAUGCCUUAGGGCUUACUCCGGCGGCUCAUUGUUCUUUAGCCGUCAAAGCUUUAGGUGGCUGCGUUUUAUACCUAACAGAUUGUCUGCUAGACAUACAAAUACUGGGCAUGGCACAGUUUAACUCAUACGAACCCCCCGACGUGCUAAACAAGACCUUGUCUCAAGAGAACACGGUCGAUAAUCGGUGGGAAGGCGGCAGCAGUAUGGUACUUGAUGCUAUUACUUUGAGGAAUUUGAGAAUAGUACAAGACGAGGGCUGUUUGUAUGAUAAACUGAAUUUCUGCUCCACAGCUAUGGGGAAAAGAUGGCUAUACCAGUGGGUAUGUGCACCUAGUUGCAAUCUGUCAGUUAUUAAGGAACGCCAGCAAGCCGUGAAGACGGUUCUAGAGAAUCAGGAGAUGUGCCAGGAGGCCAAGAAUGUGCUCACCACACUGCCGGAUCUGGAACGACUGUUAGCUAAAGUUCACAGCCUGGGAAGUUUAAAACGAUCCAAACAGCACCCGGAUGCUCGAGCUAUAUUCUACGAAGAGAAAAUUUAUUCCAAGAAGAAAGUGCUAGACUUUAUUGCAGUACUGAACGGGUUCAAAGCAGCUUUGAAACUAGUUGAACUUUUCUCUGAUGUUGAUUCUACAUUGUUGAGAAAUAUAACACAGUUUGCUCCCGAUGGAAAAUUCCCAGAUUACAGAGACACUUUGAAGUUCUUUAUGGAAGCAUUCGACCAUCAAGAGGCCGAGAAGGAAGGCCGCUUACUGCCCGGCGUGGGCGUUGACCCCGAGUACGAUAACACGUUGCGAUUGAUCGAAGAUAUACAAGAUGAACUUAAAGAAUACCUCAAAGAGCAGGAGAAAUACUUCAAGUGCCGGCUCAACUACGUAGGUUCGGACAAGAAACGCUACCAGAUCGAAGUGCCUCAGAGUGCAGCUUCCAAGGCCGGAUCCGAUUACCACAUGGAGAGCGCCAGGAAGGGAUACAAGCGGUUCUCUACUGCCGAAACUAAGGAUUUCCUCGCCCGCAUGAUGGCAGCCGAAGAACAGAAGACAAACGUUCUCAAAGAUUUAAGCCGUCGAAUGUUCUCGAAGUUCUCCUCGCACUACAACCAAUGGGAGGGCGCGGUGAAGAGUAUAGCGAUAUUGGAUAUCGUCCUCUCGCUCAGCGAGUUCGCGAGGCAGCAGAGUGGAGAUAUAUGUCUGCCUGAAGUGAGCUUCGAUGUGGAGAAAACGCCGUUCAUAAACAUCGUGGAAGGCCGUCACCCGUGCAUUCCCAUAGUAAACGAGUUCAUCCCCAACGACACGCGUCUGGGUGUUAACGGGCCCAGUCUGCUGCUGCUCACCGGGCCUAACAUGGGGGGCAAGUCCACACUCAUGCGACAACUCGGCCUGCUCACGGUGCUCGCUCAUUUGGGUAGCUAUGUUCCCGCACAAGAAUGCAGCCUCAGUUUAGUGGACCGCAUAUUCACUAGACUCGGCGCUUCGGAUGAUAUUCUGUCGGGCCAGUCCACUUUCCUGGUGGAAAUGAACGAAACCGCCGCCAUUGUGAAGCACGCUUCGGUGCAUUCGCUUGUGCUGCUCGACGAAUUGGGUCGCGGCACGUCUACAUACGAUGGUACGGCCAUAGCGUCCGGCGUUUGCGCCGAGUUAGCCGACCGGGGCUGUAGAGUGGUAUUCUCUACCCACUAUCAUUCGCUGGUGCAUCACUUGGCUUCGCAUCCGGGGGUCGUGUUGGGGCAUAUGGCGUGCAUGGUUGAAACCGACGAGUCAACGCCGGACAACGAAGACGACAUACCAGAGGAGACGAUCACUUUCCUAUACAAACUGUCCCCUGGAGCUUGUCCCAAAUCUUACGGGUUUAAUGCAGCCCGUUUGGCUGGCGUUCCUAAGGAAAUAACCAGGCGGGCACAUAACGUUUCCAAAAGUCUAGAGAUUGAAGCUAAUUGUGCCAGAGCUUUCAGGGACAUGAUGAAGUUGGAAGACCCGAAGAGAAUCAGGGAGAUGCUGGCAGCGUUGAGCAUUUGAGAUUCGUAAAUUAGCAUAGUAACAAAAAUUUGAAAAUUUGAACCCUACUGGCUGUUUGAUAAAAAAUAUUUGAUGUAGGCACUUGCACUGCUUCGUAUUUGUUACUUGUAAGCUUGAGUGUAAAAAAUCCUAUGACAAAAACUAAAACUACGCAUUCUGUACACCCAAACAAGUAAUAUUACAGAAUAUUAAACGUGGGAAUCAUUUGUAUUUUUAAGUUAAAAAAAUCCAGUACGGAAUGUAUAGCGCGGCGCUACGAUGGGGCUACGCAAAGAAUGUGCCUGUGUGUAUGUGUGUUGUGUAAGUGCGUCGUUAAAAAGUAUCAUAAUAACGUUUUGAAAAUAUUAAUGUAAAAAUCUUGAAAAAAAUUGUGACUUUGACGUUCAAUAUCUCUAUAACCAUAAAUUUCCAAGGUCCAGAAGAAAACUGAGCACUUUAUUAUAACACCACAUACAUAUUAUCAGUAACAAGUAACUAUCUAUAAAGCAUGAUAAGGUUAUACUGCGGUCAAGUUUACAAAUAGCAAAGACGAAUAGUAUGUGAAGUGCUAUCCAUCGCUAAAUCGAAUCGCAAGAUUUAUGUUAAAACUUAAAAUACGUUCGAUUUUGAUUAAAUUAAUUUUGAAUAAACGUCACUUGCAAAAGAACCUCAUUGAAAACAUCAAGUUGUCAACUAAUUAAAAAAAUAACGGUGACGUUUGGUAGCAGUAUGGAUUAUAGAGCUAUAACUCCAACGUGUAAAACUUAGAAUAAUAACGCCUGGAAGCCUUUUUUAUGUCUGGGAAAUGCCUUACGCAUCCUUCAACUACCGAGGGAGCGAGAAGAAGGUAGGUUGGCUUCUCCCUGUUCAUUACAGCCAGCCCUUGGGCCGGGUGAAAUGAGCAGGGCCCUACCUAACGCGGCUCUCACAGGAGUGAGAGGGAGAGCGGAGUUCUCUCCGUCCCUUACUCGCCCCCUUGGCCCUAAGAAGGGCCGUUUGAGCAUCUACCGCCAAUCGCAAUGAUCAGAGUCACUGGGGUGAUGCUCCUACCAUGGCCCUGAGAAGGACCGAUGAACCGUGUUCAGCACUCGAAGUGCUGUCCAUCCCAGGGUCCCUAUCGUUCACCCAGUCUCCUCUUUGCCCCUGUGCGGGCUAUCUCCUAUGUCAGGGUAGAAGAAGAUGUGCCAGUGCGCGCCUGCCUCUCCUACCCCUAGUCCUUCUGCUGCGGAGAAACCCCGCGAAGGCAAGACAAUGUUAAGUCCCUGUGGCCGUAGGUUUAUUAGAUUUUGACGUCAUGUUAGCACUUAGACAAUCCCAGACGGUUUUGGUCAUGUGACCAUGGAGCAAAAUGAUCAUUUCUAUUUGACGAGAAUGGGGACCAUGAGAGGUGCGGGCGGCAGACACAUUCUUAUCAAAAUAACAAGUGCCCGUCUUCAACCUAUAAUAUUCAUAUUAAAUACAGAUGCUAACAAUUGGUAACUUAAUUCGGCGCGCAUUACCGCUCUUGUUUUUGUUAAGACACAGCUUCUUUAUAGGCGUUAUUAUUCUUAGGUGUAAAUUAAGUUUCUUUUUUUUUUCAAUAAUUUGUUGAUUGAAGUUUUCGUUGUAAUCUACAUUUAUAUUGAUUGUGAUAUGCUAUUACUAGUUUAUUGUUAAGUUUCUUUGUCAUUGUCUAUUGUGUUGUGCUAGGUCCACAUGUAAGCGAGUGUUGUUGGAUAUUUUUCAUCUCGUUUUGUCAUAAUAACGUUUCUAUUUUUAAUGAAAAACUACAAAAACAUUGUACCAUUAAUUCGAGAAAAUAUUACAUAAUUUUUUUAUGUCAGGGAUUAAUAUCCACAUAAACUCACAAAUGGUGCCAUCCAAUGUUAUGUCGUAUUGUUGAAUCUGCAACUGUGAUUAUUGAAAUUGAAAUAAUUCAAAGCCCCCACCUAUUUCAUAUUAAAUCUUAUAUGCCAA